AAAAGCCAUAUAAUACACUGCUCUGGACAGAACGCCACAGUCAUCAGCCGCAAUCAGCCAUGGAUUUCAAACUGGCGCUAGUCUUCCUCGUACUUGUCGCCCUCGCCGGCCAGUUCGUAUACGCGGAUAUGUAUUACGACCGCUUUUCGGAGCGAGCGAAGGUGGUGGCCGGUUCCAGUUACAAGUGCUCCCCCGGCACCACCACCGUAAAGAUCGUCGCCAUCACGCGGGCGAGGGAUUCCGAGUCGGAGUCGGACAGCCAGGAGGCUCUUCGGACCCACAUGAACUCCGGGAUAGAGGAGAAGAGAUGCCUGAUCUGCGUCUGCUCCGUGGACGGCACGGAGGAGCACUGCCGGGGCCGGCCGGCGCGCAACGCCAACGAGUGCCUGCGCAUGGACUCCUUGAGGGCGGAGAUGGAGCGCGGCCUGCCCUACGACCACGACAGGAUCCUGGCGUACCGCAUCCGGCGAGUUGGUAAUGUCAAUAGUUCUACACAGUGUACGCCGUUCGUGUCUGAGUACAACGAUUGCUCGGAGGAAAAUCAGUGCUCCGGCUGCACUCGGUGCACCUGUGACAAGGACGGCAACUGGGAGUGCAAGAACGUGGUUGACUGUGCUGCUGAUAAUGAUGAUGAAGAACCAGUAGCAUUGGACGUUACCCUGGACACCCUACUUGAAGAAUUGAAGGAGAGAAAGAAAAACCGAGUGUUAACGCCAGCACCAAAACCUAAGAGUGAUGUCGUAGUUGGAAGAGCCACGUUUGAAGAUUAUUUCUCGCUACCACCCAGAUUAAAGAGGUCGGUUGAGAGCGAUAGUUUAACAAGCGACGAUCCUGAAAAUCGAACAAUAAAGUUUUAUAAUACCGGAAAUGAAAUUCACGAAGAUACAUUAAAAAGAAGUACUAAUGACUCUGGAACUGUUAAAGCCCACAAGUUUGGUAUAGAAGCUGUACCAAAAAAUGCAAGGAGAACUUCUUCGAAUCAAAACUAUAGCAAAACAAUACACAAUAUGCUGCAUAUUGAACCGACGCAAAAUACAGAAUUUGAUCAAGGUGGAGAAAAUAAAAUAGAAUCUUCAAACAAUGAAAAAGUUUUACAAAAUAAAAACAUAGUUGGUAACUACUCUCAAAGUAAAAAGAAUGCAGAAAUAUCAAAAAUGGUUGCUAAUGAAUUGAAAGAUGGCAUAGAAAUUAUAGGAGAAAAGGGUUUAAAUCCAGUGUCUAAUAUAACAUUCACUCCGGAAAAUGAUACAGUAGUGGCAAUGGCGUAUGUGGCGGGAAAUCUUUUAAAUAAGUUAUGGGAGAUGGAAAAAUAUACAGGAUAUAGUACUAUGGGGGCAGACACGCUUAAACAUGAAAAAAUUAAUGAAUUACUAGAUUUAUUUAAAGAGCCUUUGAGCAUAAAACAAGAAACUUUGCUAAAAAAUGCACUAGAAAAGUUAGCCAAGUCUAUUGUUAAAAAUAAAAAUAUUAAUAACUUUACGUUUUGUGAAACUUUCCAUAUUAAUGACGAUAAUGAAAUGCCUUCAAGUGACAGCGAGAGCAGCGAUGAAAUUGAUUUUCAAUUUAAAACAAAAAAUAGUGAUAAUAAACCAUCGUUGACAAAGAGAAUAGAUUCAAAUAGAAAAAUUAAAACUUUAUCCAAAAUGAAAAAUAUUUUAGAUUCAAUAAAUGAUUUAGAAAAAGUUCAAAGAAAUAUUGAAGAUGUGGGGAGAUCACCGGCUAUGCUUAGCUCGACAAAACAUGAACAUUCUGGUUCGCCAGCACCAGACACUAUUAAAUCUUUUAGAAAUGUUGUAAAUAAAAUAUCUAAGCUUCUCAUGCCAACGACAAAUGUACGAGGUGACAAAAAGGGUGAUAUCAAAAAUGAUGAUAAUAUGACGUUCAAAGACCAGCUUAUAUUACAAUACAUAAAACUCAUAGAGAGUAAUUCAAGCUGUUUCCAGUUCAAUAAUAAUUUAGAGACAGAAGCACAAACGUCGAUUUUAAAAAUUGAGGGAAACAUCCUUAAUAACAUUUCAGAGUUUCUGAAAAUAAAAUCUUUUGAAGAUCUAGUUAAAAUAUUGAAAAAAGAGACAAAGAUAGACCCUAUAAAACAAAUAAUUACAACGACUCCAAAAUCUGAGCUCAGAAGCGAACAGGAGAAAUCAAUCAAAUCAAUCCCACGUGGAGAAAAUACGACUAAAAUGAAAACUGUUAAAGAAAACCUAAAGAAACAUUUAAAAGCAGUAAUUGACGACUUGAUACAAAUUCAGAGUGAGAAUAACAGUAGCGAAGUAAAAAAGAUUAACAUAGCUCAAGCUCUACCUUGCAUUUAUGGUUUACUGAAUGAAAAGAAGCCCAAUUUUACCAAACCAAAAAAUACAGAAGCGUCUAUUCAAAAUAUAAAAACAUUAUUUAAUGAUUUGAAAGCAGAUUUAAAAACCGGUGGCCCAACUCGGAGACAACAUUCGCCUGAAGCAUCAUCGCAGUCGAUAAAAGUUUUUGAGAGAAUUUUAAAAAGUAUGGAUAAAUUGCUCAAGCAAAAAUCUCGCAGAAACUCGAUGCAAACCAAACCCAAGACAGUUGGACAAAUUGAAAGCAUGAUCGAUAAAGCAAAAUUAACUCAUAGCUUAUUUGAUAACAUGAAAGUGUUAUCAAACAUUACUGAGAAGAAUCAGCUAAUGUUACUCAAAGCUAUAGAAGCUGAAACAAAUAAAAAAGAAAGUAUAUUGACAAACUUACAAAAAUCUAUGGAAGUUAUUGCGCAACUACCUGCUGAUAAACAAAGAAAGAUAGAGGAUUUCAUCGAAACUACUAACAAAAAUAUUGAUUUGGGCCACAGACUGCUCGAAAAUAUUAAAAAAAAAAUAAACGUUAAAGAAUUGACAACAUCAGCGCCGGAAAAUACUGAUAGUGAAGGAGCAACCGGCCGAAAAUCAGACGAGGCUUCAGAGUAUCGUAAAAGUAACUACAGAUUCACUAGAGAUCAAAUCGUAAGUCAGCUAAUCAAGAACCGCGUUACCGCUUACAUGAAGAAGAGAGAGGCCAUGGGGAUGGACCUAAGCAACAAUAUUAAGUAUCUAGUGGCUGGAAAAAUUUUGUCGAAGCUGAGAGACGGUAACCAUGAAUUGGCCAAGGAGCUUUUUGAAAUUUUCAUCAACACUGGCGACGGAGACGCUAUUUACUUCGAAAACGAUCGUGAUAGAAAACCCGACCCAAGUGUUAUUAAGCCCAGCAACAUCCUUGGGGAUGUUUUGGAUGAGUCCGAUUUGGAAGCAAUGGAUGCCACCCGUUCUCAACCCCCUGUCGACUACCUGAAGAAUUUGCCCUAUGUCUUUAAAUAAAUAUUAUGCCAAUUAA